AUGUCCCCCCCCCCCCCCCUACCUCUCUUCCUCGCUCCAGGUCCUCCCCCGGUUGACCCCCUCCCCCCACAGGAUCCUGCUCCCUCAGCUGAGGGGGGUGACGUUGCUGUUGAGGACACAGCGGCCACUCGCCGCUCCCUGCGCUUGGAGACCCCUCCUGGUUUUCCACCUCAGCUGUCUACGCCGCCUCUGCAGCCUGUUGCUGUAGACUCCGGUGCUGCUGGGGAUGGUGGCCCUGGGGGUGCGGACGGUGCAGGUGGGGACUCUGAAGGUGCUGAGUCUGGGGGUGCUGGUUCCGGGGGCACUGAGCGUCCUGAUGGUGGUGGAGUCGUCGAUGCUUCUGCCGAAGGUUCUGGGGGUGGGUGGCCAGCAGCAGCUGACUCGUCGACCCAAGGAUCUCUCGCCACAGCAGCUUCGCCUGACGCUGUUGGUGGUACUGGUGCUGGAGGCGCUGGAGCUGGAGGUUCUGGAGCUGCUGGAGGCACUGAGGCUGGAGAUACUGGUGCUAGAGGCACUGGAGCUGUCAGUACUAGUACUGGAGGUGCUGGAGGUGCUGGUGCUGGAGGUGCUGUCGAUGCUGGAGGCACUCGAGCCGGAGGUGCUGGAGGUGCUGGAGCUGGAGGUGCUGGAGUUGUAGGUCCUGGUGCUGGAGCUACUAGAGCUGCCAAUGCUGGAGGCACUGGAGCUGUAGGUACUUGUACUGGAGGUACUGGAGGUGCUGGAGGUGUUGGAGUUGGAGGUGCUGGAGGUGCUGGUGCUGGAGGUACUGGAGCUGGAGGUGUUGGAGGUGCUGGUGCUAGAGCUGGAGGUACAGGAGUUGGAGGCUCUGGUACUGUGGGUACUGCACAGCGGCGAGUUUUUCUUGCCGCAGCCGCAGUCGUCACUACCACCACCUCGCUCGGUGCUUCGCCAGGUUCUUAG